AUGCGGGAAGUCUGUGCAAUUUUCUGCAACCUGGGGCUUUUGUGUGGAGUCCCAUUGUCAAUAUGCCAGCCAUUGGGUCUCCAGUCGGUGGUCUUCGGUCUCCGGUAGUCUUUGGCCGUCUCCUGGAGUCCCCGGUCCCCGAUCCCCGAUCCCCGGUCCCCCCCCCGGUCCCCGGUCCCUGUCCCUGUCCUCUGGUCCGUUGUCCCUGGUCAUUCACAUUAUCGUUGCAUGUGCCGAGAGGUAACCCCGCAUGGGUGUGUUCGUUCAUCUUUAUUUCUUGUGCGUGCAAAAAUUCAACAAUUGCAGAAAUUGAAACUUUUGCCUCUUGCCGUUGUUGCCACACACAGAAACAUUGAAAGAAAACUUUCAGACAUGAAAAUCGUAAAAAUAAAAUGA